GAGGACAUGGGUAGCCGAGCGCCGAGGUUGCCCAUUGAGGGACUUCGGCUCGGAGACGGGGAGGGGGUCGUGGUGGCAGCGGCCGGGCUAAGAGGACGACCGACAUGUGGCUGCUCGGUAGCGGGCUCCCCUGCGCUGCCUUCGCCCCGAGGAGCCUCACGAGGCUGGUAGCGGAGGGCAAACCGGUGUUUGGAAACCAGUUGAAAAUGUCAAGUUCGAAUUCGGUGCCAGAAGCCCAGAUGGGACAUUUUCAAGAGGGCCCUGAUUUGAAGGAUUUCGUAUCUGGGGAACUUUCGGACAAAACCAAGUGGGCAGAAUAUAAAGGCCAUUUAAAGCGUCAAAAAGGAGAAAGGUUACGGCUUCCUCCUUGGUUGAAAACUGAGAUCCCCAUUGGAAAAAAUUAUAAUAAACUGAAGAACACGUUGCGCAAUUUAAAUCUACAUACGGUAGGUGCAGUACCAACACUUUGUUCUGAUCUUUCCGAUGGAGGCGCCAAACACUUUGCGAAGACCGUCUCGCACUUAAAAGAAAGGAAUCCCAACAUUCUGGUGGAAUGCUUAACGCCCGACUUCCGAGGGGACCUCGAAGCGGUGGAGACCGUGGCUUCGUCUGGAUUGGACGUCUAUGCCCACAACGUGGAGACGGUUCCCGAAUUGCAGAGCAAAGUUCGGGAUCCACGGGCCAAUUUCGAGCAAUCCAUUCGCGUUUUGAAGCGCGCCAAGGAAGUUCAGCCGAAGGUGAUUUCUAAAACGUCAAUCAUGCUCGGCCUGGGUGAGACCGACGAACAGCUGCACGCCACCCUGAAAAGAUUACGUGAAGCCGAUGUGGAUUGCUUGACCCUGGGACAGUAUAUGCAGCCAACAAAACGGCAUCUGAAGGUGGAAGAAUACGUUACUCCAGAGAAAUUUAAAUACUGGGAGAAAGUUGGAAACGACCUCGGAUUUCAUUACACGGCUAGCGGGCCUCUUGUGCGUUCUUCUUACAAAGCAGGUGAAUUUUUCUUGAAAAACUUAAUCCAUAAGAGAAAGAAGAAGGACAUCUGAUGCGUCCAAGACUGAAAAGAAGAAUCGCACUCUUUCCCUUGUGUUCCCGAUGGCAAUAUCACAGAUCAACCCAAUUAAAACAACCUGGAAGCCUUCGUUGCUUCAUUAAAAAAAAGAAUACAAAAUAUUUUAUUUGUUCCUGGACCCCAACAUGUUCUCAUAUUGUACAAAUAAAAAUAUCAGUCAUUAUCCAGUAAGUGGUGUUCAAACAUAUCAAGAAAAACAGAAGUAGAAUGAGACACACACACAUUAAGGAAUCAAAAGAUGGAUAUGCAUUUUUCCCCUCAUCAAUAAUCACUGCUUGCUCCAUUGGUCCCAUUGUAUUGCUAACCUGUCUUUUCAAUGAGAAUCCUAGGAAUAAGAAAUUCUCAGUCAUUAUCACUGUUUGCAUAAAACACAAUAAACGGCUUUUGUCAUUGGCCAUAAAUAGGAUUAAAAGCAUCUGUACUAUAAAUGAUAUUCUUGAUUAAACUGUUAGAUUGGAGCUCAGCUACAAUAUUAUCUUUUCCUCCUCAACUAACAAGAUCACUUUAUAAAAGGUAUGAAUGAGG